AUGGAUCAGCCCUAUUUACCAAGCAUUACAUCUUUCUUCCAAGAAUACAAAACCGCUCUGUAUGGAUUGGCAGCUACUGGCGCACUUGUCAUCGGAAUUGGCCUGUAUAAGUCUAGCUACGCAGCCUCAGGGUGUGGUCAGACGUUCAAGCAGAGCCAAAUCGCGAUAGCCGAUUACCCAGACAUGCGUAUGUACAAUAACUUGCUGGCAAAACACUUAACGCCUCGCCUUUACGCCAAAUUGCGAGAUAGAAAAACAGCAAGUGGAUUUACAUUGGACAACGCCAUUCAAACCGGUGUGGACAAUCCCGGCCAUCCAUUUAUCCUCACGGUGGGAGCUGUGGCCGGCGACGAGGAGUCGUACGAAACGUUUGCGGAGUUGUUUGACCCGAUUAUCGAAGAGCGUCAUAAUGGCUUCAAGAAAACGGAUUUCCAUCGAACAGACUUGGAUUCGUCUAAAAUCCGUGGAGGAAAAUUAGACGAUCGCUAUGUACUGUCGUCUCGAGUGCGCACUGGUAGGUCCAUCAAGCCUUUUAGUUUACCGCCACACUGUUCGAGAGCGGAGAGACGAAAAGUUGAAAAAAUUAUUACCAGGGCAUUGGCUGGAUUACAAGGUAUGUCUUACGCUUUGACAUCUCCGGAAAUAUGACUAUUAGAGUUCGUAUAUUGAAGUGAUUGACGUAAAAAUCUUCACGCACCAUUCUUCCUGCUUCACACACUUCAAUCGAAGCGCAUCAGAUAAAACCAUCUAGAGCGCGUUGGAGCAACCAAAUGAUCGCUUCCGUUCAUGCUGGCAAAAUUUGCAGUGCCCCUUUAACAAACAAAAUUUCCUUCAGGAAUUUAAUAUUAUUGGUAAAAUUCCAGGUGAAUUAUCUGGUCGUUACUACCCCUUGAGCGAGAUGACACCAGAUGAGCAACAGCAAUUGAUUGACGAUCACUUCCUGUUUGACAAACCAGUCUCCCCACUCCUCACGUGCGCCGGUAUGGCACGUGACUGGCCUGACGCACGUGGAAUCUGGCACAACCACGACAAGAACUUCCUUAUUUGGGUCAACGAGGAGGACCACAUGCGCAUCAUUUCUAUGGAGAAAGAGGGAGACAUGCGCGCAGUGUUUGAUCGUUUUUGUCGAGGGCUUCAUGAAGUGGAAAGACUUAUUCAACGUCAAAAGCACGAAUUUAUGUGGAAUGAACACUUGGGAUACAUCCUCACCUGCCCUUCCAAUCUUGGAACAGGACUCAGGGCUGGAGUGCAUAUUAAACUACCACUUCUUUCAAAGGUGCCACCUUCUAUCAAAUAGUAGUAAUAGCAUAACUAUAAAAGAUAGCGUCACUGGCAUACACAUUCUUAAAAAAAUUGUUACUACUCACUAAACAAAAGAGGAUUUUCAGACUUGAAUCAUCACUAUCGCGUACCCAUCAGAACUUCCUUUUCUUUCUUUCUCUCUCUUUCUCUUCUUACUUAAAGUCCAGCCUCCACUUCCCUUUGAACUGUUGCCUACCUUUAACCCGUUGAUCCCUAAGAGUGACUAACAUCUAAUUUCUCCCAACAAUAUCCGCCUUGAAUCAAACAUUAAGGGCACGAGAAUAAAGGAAAUGAUCACCAACUAAAGGGGCUGUUGACUGUUCAACAAAUUCUCCUUGUCAGCACCUUAGGAAAUGUUUUGAGAUCAGUAUGAAGAAUAUGCAUACUGAUGUUAGAGUGUAAAGGGUGAUAAAAAUUAUUUCAAACCGUUCCAAUAUUUCUUUGCGCUAUAUGUACUUCAGAUAGUCAAACGAACUGCUUUUUGCACAGACGACUCAGUAUAGUAUCUUCCGCAAGUUAAAUACCUUAAUCGACAAAUCUCUUAACAAGAUUGCUUCGAAUAUUUGCAGAACCCACGCUUUAAUGAAAUUCUGGAAUAUUUACGACUACAGAAACGAGGAACUGGUAAGUAUUAGUCCUAAUCGGUUACUCUUUACUCGUUCCCUUUGUAACAAAAAAAGUCAAAAAGUACCUUUUAAGAGAAGAUUUAGGAAAACAUCUGACACAAAAAUUAACAAUUAAAAGUGUCAAGAAAGAUGGACGACGGGUGUCCGAUGCGGCUUCUUAACCCUUUAACUCCCAAGAUCUCAUUAGUAAUUCUCCUCACUAUCUGCCAAACGAUUCUAUGAUAUUAGUUUGGAGAAUUCGGUACCGGAUCAAUUAGUGAUGCCUCGUCUCUGCAACUGGAACUAGCCAAUAUGAUAGUUUUGCUUUGCUGCACACCAAAGUUGCUUCAAUAGUCUGGCGUUAUCUUCUUAACCAAUCAGGGACGUAGUUACAUCCGUUUCCCCUCGCUUAAAACCGAGUUCUCAUUGGUUCUUGUUUGUACAUCUCUUUGCUCUACUUGGAGGUUGGGAAGAGAAGAUUAGUUUGGUUUUAGUUUUCCGACAUUCAAUCAAAAAGUUUGAAUAAUGAGUUCGAAAGUGCACGUAAGAUGGUCGAGAGUGUACCUCUACUUUUAAUUCGACGCAUAUCAUAUUUCUACCUGAUAAUUCGUAGGAACAUUCAGUGCUUUCUUGCUUUUAAAACCAUUACAAUCUAUUCACUCAACAGGAGGGGUGGACACGGCAGCCAAAGGAAGCGUUUUCGACAUCUCGAACCUGGACAGGCUUGGUUUCUCUGAAGUGGAACUUGUCCAGAAAGUGAUUGACGGUGUUAGUCUCCUAAUAGUGAUGGAGAAGAGACUGGAAGCUGGCCUACCAAUAAAUGACCUUAUACCGUCGUCAACGAAAUCGGAGUGA